AUGACUGCACCCCAAGGUGCCUCGCAAGAGCAGAGCUCUCAUAUAAUCCCAGAGUCUGCGUAUGUAUUCUCCAACGAUAGACAGGAGGGCGUCAGACUCGAUAACCAGUACAAGAUCCUCAAGAAGAGCUUUGGGAAUAACGUGCUUUACACUCCAGUCAGCCUGAGCUCAGAAGCUGAAGUGCUUGACAGCGGAUGCGGAACAGAGGCUUGGGUCAAGGACAUGAGCCAUGUGUUUCCUCUGGUCAAAAUAAUUGGCAUAGAUAUGUCUACGAACCUGUUCCCACAAAAUUCAGCCAACAUCACCUUCCUGAAACACUCCAUCCUCUCCCUUCCCCGAACCUGGACAAACAAAUUUGACUUAGUGCACCAGAGCGUCCUGUUCAGCGCUCUCACCAUUUCCGAAUGGCCCAUCGCACUUGCUGAGAUUCUUCGGGUGACUAAGCCCGGCGGAUCCGUGCAGCUGAUGGAGCCCGUGUUUGGAAUACGGGCGGACAGGCACAUGUACCACGUCGCAAACGCUCUCGGCAGGGCAAGGAACUUACUGAUCGAUGACCGAUUCGGUGCGUUGAAGAACAUGCUCAAAGACGUGGGGUGUAUCAAUGUCACCAUGGCUCGCAGCUCGUUUGCGCCGGAGGAAUGGUCCGACGAGGAGCGUAUGUUGGCGCGCGGGACAUACAUAUCUGCGAUAGCGUCCAUAAAGGAUGUUCUACUCGGAUCGGGUGGUACUCCAGGUGUGGAGACGGCUGAGGAGUUUGACGAGCUCAUGGAGGCCUGUGAGGAUGAUGGACCUGAGGUCGGUAGCAUUGAUGGACCUGACUAUGAGGCAUGGGCGUUUUAUGCUACAAAGCCGUGA